CAGUGACGGAAUAAAAGACGACAGCAGAUCGACACUCAGCUCUCAUGGCUGCAUUUCUGUUCCUGUUGUUCCUUCUGUCUGAAGCAGCUUCUGAUUUGAUCGUGGUAUCAGUCCACCCUGGAGAGGAUGCCAUUCUGCCAUGCAGGGCCGCUGACGUCUCCAUCAGAGCUGUAGAGUGGACCAGACCUGACCUGGAGCCUCCAGAGUACGUCCUCUUCUACAGAGAUGGACACUUGGACACAACCCACCUGCAUCCAUCCUAUAAGGGCAGAGUGGACCUGGUGGACAGACAUCUGAAGGAUGGAGAUGUGUCUUUAAUUCUGACGAAUGUGAGGAGUCAGGACAGAGGAACAUACGAGUGUCGAGUAGCAUCAGGUGGUUUCAUACGUACAAAGAGAGCAAUCCUUGACUCGGAGCCAAUCAGAACCAUCCAACUGCAGGUUACAGGUUCAAACAGUGGACGGGACAAGGAUGAGAACUCCACUCAUGUAGGCCUAUACAUUGGAUUGGGAGUAUUUUUUGCACUGCUUUUUUUAACUUGACAGUUAAUGGUGGCCAGAUGACUAUUUCAGUUAGAUUGGAUUAGAUUAGAUCAGAUUCAACUUUAAUGUCACUGUGCAGAGUACAAGUACGAAGACAACAAAAUGCAGUUUGCAUUCAACCAGAAGUGCAAAAAGAGCAGAAAAGUGCAAUGUGAUAUACUUAUCAUGACCCAUGUCUACAUUUACAACUCUGUAUGACAAACAUUGCCAUUUACAACCAGUAAAAACCAAUAAUUAUGAAGACAACCCCUGGAUUACUAGAGAACUAGAAAAUGCUUGUAUAAAAAAGUUUGUUAUCAUUAAGUUUGUUGGAACCAAACAGUAUGGGUAGACACUAUCUUGUGGACAAAAGAGACAGAGAGAUCGGGGCCUACAUGUAAUCCUGACAGCCUCUGCACCAAACUCCUAGAGGGAAAAGGUUCAACAAAUGGCCGGAGCUCUGAAUUCCCAUUAGCUGGCGAAACCUAAACGCAGAAUGGGGUCCAAGCCUAUAAACAUGCCUUCUUUCUUUGCCUUCUAUUGCAACCCCAGUUGCUGCAGGGAGCAAGCAAGCGCUUGUGCGAAAUAGUUCCAUUUCCCGGAAAAGUGGACUAUUUCUCUGUGUUCUGGAGGCACCAUUGGAUCCUGUGAAACAGGCAUCAGUGUUUCAAAACUGCAGUAAGCCUUUUUUGUUAUGGGCAGAGAUAUAGGACAGUGUACUUUAUUAAUGAGUUAAGUCUAAUGUUGCCAUUGUUUUGCCAUUAGUCUGUGAUCAGGACCGCCGUGUCCCAGUUGCUGUGAAUGUAUCAUUUGAUCACGAUAUAUUGUUGAGAUGUUGAAUAAUGUAGCUUUGUUAAACUGUAAAUGCUACCAUUGCUGUCUCCGUGGAGAAGUUAGAUUAUUGUCAGAACCUUGAAGAUCAAGACUCCAAGUGCUCUUUGUUUCCCUCUCUAAGUGUGCUUUCUUUCUUUUUACACACACACACACACACAUACAUUUACACACGUGCGCCAUUUUGAACAACUGCCCUCGCCAGCCGACAUAGUCACAUGAGAGCGUAACACAGCUUCACCACUGUGCUCCGUGGUGUGCUCUUUGUCUGUCACACAUGCUUGAACAAGCUAGACAGCUAGCCCACAGCCACUGGGGGUUAAGUAGCCUGUUUUGGGGUAUCUCUCUUGUCUGCACACGUUAGCUCGAACAGCUAACCGGCUAACUCCUAGCCGCCUGAUGCUGCCACCAGUUCCACGAUCCGCCAUCUUGGAUCUCUUGAUAUCGCUUGGCUUAAGUCUCGCAGUCACCUUCCCUUCUCCUCACACACCCACACACACAGACACAUACACACACCCACAAAGGUUAUACUUGUUAACGAAAACGAACGACAUAACGAAAACUAGGUGGGAAAAAACAUUGUUGUUAACUGAAAUAAAAAUAAA